AUGAGUUUUUUCAACUUACGCCGUGGACGUGAUGAACGUGGUGAACGAUUCACUGUUGCAGUAAACGCGACUGAAAGUUAUUGCGGUAAUAGGACAGCUUUUGAUCGCAACUCCAAACACGUUCGCGAAUUGGAAAAAGAGGGAGCGGAAGUUCGUGAAGUUAAUUAUGGGGAUAGAAAUUCACUCGAACAUGCUCUUCGUGAUGUUGACUGGCUGGUUCAUCUUCCUGAAAGUAGUCGUAACGCUGUCCGAGAUGCCGAAGAAUUGUCACGAGCUGCGAGAGAAAAAGAUGUUAGGGGAGCAAUUGCCCUCUCACUCUUGGGUGCUGACGAAGAACGAACCAAAACUCAUCGCGAUUACCAUAAAAUCGAAAAAAUUAUCCAAGAUGAAGUUCAAAAUUCCUCUGUUCUUAGGGUCUCAUGGAUGUCGGAAGCCUUCUUGCUGUGGAGCGAAAAUAUCAGAGAGAAAUGUGAACUCGAUUUAAAUCUCGACGAAAAAAACGAUACCAUUGUCCCAGUCGACUUUGAAGAUUUCAUUUGUGCAAUUUGCGCUCUUAUUCGCCGCGAAUUUGAUGAUCGAAUUCAUCAUCAUAACGUUUACUCAAUUACUGGUCGUGACGCGCUCAAUCCUCGCGAUAUUGUCGACAUCAUCAACGAGACUACCAAUGACCGGGAUAAGAGACGUGUAAGAUACCGGCAAGUUAAACGCAAUGACAUUCGAGAGUACUUGAGAAAUCUUGAUGAGGAUGAGGAUCGUGGUCGUGAGCGUCAUCGUAAUGAAUAUGAUCCCCGCUGCUUCCUGCCUCUCAAUGACCGCGAGAUUGAAAAAAUCCUCGAUAUUCUCGAGUAUGCUAAAGAAAGCGAUAAUGCUGGAAGAGUUACCGAUGACUUUAGAAGACUUACCGGAGAUGAACCUAGAUCUGUUGAAGACUUCUUUAAGAACAACCGUAGAGAUUUUGAACCACGUGGCGAUCGUCGUCGCAGCUAUGCUCGCUUGUAA